AUGCAGAUCCCCGUCGUGGACUUUUCGCAGUGGUACAACAGCCCGGAUGCCUCCUCUCGUCAACAGGUCGCACAUGCACUGGUUAAGGCUUGCCAAGAUGUUGGGUUCGUAUAUAUAGUGAACCACUCGCUUCCUGGCUCGGUUUUGGAUGAAGCGUUUGACUGGAUGAGACGCUUUUUUGAGCUCUCAAGCGAAGACAAGAUGCGGGCCCCGCAUCCGGAGGGCUGGGCUGUACAUCGAGGCUACUCAUGGCCCGGUCUUGAAAAGGUUUCUCAAGUCAUGAGCACAGGGGAUGACGAGGACGCGCGGAAGAAGCUGAGAGAGGCACAGGAAAUCUACGAUAUUGGCAGCGAAGAGAAUUCCGUUCAGCCCAACCAGUGGUUACCGGAAGAGACUCUUCCUGGUUACCGGAAUUUUAUGGUUCAGUUUUACUGGAAGUGCAAUAAGGUUGGAAGCGAGAUACUACAUGCUUUAGCUGCCGGCCUUGACUUGGAAGAUGGCUGUUACCUGACGAAGAAGCAUUCGGGCCACAACAACCAGCUCCGGUUGCUGCACUAUCUACCUGUGCCGGCAGAGGAGUUGGAGACAGAGCGAACCGCCCGAUGUCCGGCACAUACAGAUUGGAGUUCCAUAACCAUGCUCUUCCAGGAUGACUGUGGUGGCCUUGAAGUAGAGGAUAUUUCUCGGCCCGGCACAUUCGUCCCAGCUGCUCCAUUGAAACAUGCUAUCAUCAUGAACAUUGGGGACUUAUUGCAAAUGUGGAGCAAUGAUCGCCUUAGGUCAACCAACCACCGCGUCAGACUGCCACAACUCCCAGAUCGAUUUGAGGGGCCUAACCGGAUGACACGGGAGCGUUACUCAAUUCCGUAUUUCAUGUCCCCUGAUCCAGACAUGAUCAUUGAGUGUAUUCCGUCAUGCAUGAGUGAGGCAUACCCGGCCAAAUAUAAGCCAACCACCCAGGCUGAGUACAACAAAAUGCGAGCCUCAAUGAUGUAUUAA